AUGGAAAAAUCCUUAAUAGUGUCCUAUUUGCAGAAAUUGGAAUCUAUGUUGGUCCAAGAAAAGGCAGCAUUUGCUGAAGCCAAAGAUCAAAUAGAAAAGGUUGUGAACAAACUCAAGGAGAUUGGAGAGUUGUUAGAUGACAAAGAAACUUGGAUAAAUGAAAAGGUUGAAGUUCUCCUUUCAGAAACCAUACAAAGAGUUACAAAAUUUGAUUGUUCAACCACUUCUGAAGAUGAUUCGGAGGAGUGUAAUAAGAGCUGUCAUUGUCUAAACGAAGAACAAACAUCAGCUUCUUCUUCUUCAAAACUUUCAUUACUCCAAUCUAAUUAUUCGAAUCUAUCUGAAUGCCUUCAGAAUUGUUUGAUGUAUUGUUGCAUCUUCCCUGAGAAUUUCUUGAUUCACAAAGGGAAACUUAUUCGACUACUCGUAGCCGAAGGGCUGAUCAAAGAAAAAGAAGGGAGACUGAUGGAGGAUAUAGCAGAUGAGCAUAUAGGUGAACUUGUCAACAAAGGACUGCUUGAAAUAGAUGAUGAACUCUCAGGUAAUGCUACUAAACUCCAAGUUACUUCUAUUUACCACGAAUUCUGUCUUCGCCAAAUAGAGGAAGGAAAGUUCAAAUUUUCAACUAGUGUUCCUUACAAGGCAAGGCGUGUUGUGACUGAUUUAGACAUGUUGAAAACCGACAACUCGCAACUUUGUUCUCUGUUUCUUAUUGAGAAUGAAACACCUUUUGAAGAGAGAAGCGAGUGGUUGAAGUUGGAAGUUGCAAAAUUCUUAAGAGUUUUAGAUUUAGAAGGUACCAAAAUUAAAAGCCUUCCAAAUGUAGUGGGAGACUUGAUACACCUUAGAUAUCUUUGCUUGAAAGACACUGAGAUAACUGAGCUUCCAGAGGGCCUUGUCAACUUAAAAGACCUUCAAAAUUUGGAUAUUAGAUGGUGUGGAUACAUAGCAGAAUUACCAAAAUUUGUACUAAGUCUCUCAAACCUUAGGCACCUCAAAAUGCUGAAGAACUAUGGUGUUUGUGGGGUGAAGUUACCACUAGGAAUAGGAUGCCUUAGAAACCUCUUGACCCUUACUGGCAUGGAUCCUAGUGGUGAAAUUGCAAGAGAAAUAGGUAAUUUGACAGAGCUCAGAAGGCUUGGAGUGAUGGAUGUAACAGAAGAUGUUAUCAAUGAGCUAUCUUCUUCUAUUAUGAAGAUGUACACUGAAAAACUUGUUCUUGUGGAAUCAUUUUCUCCCCCUUUGUCUCUACGAAAGCUUAAGCUUGAAGGUGUUUUGGAGAAGAUACCAAGUUGGCUUGGCUCAUUGGAAAGGCUUACAAACAUAAGGUUAGGUUACUCUCAUCUUAUGGAGAAUCCAGCUUUGGUACUUCAGCUCCUACCAAACUUGAAAGACUUAACUCUUUGGCAUGCUUAUGAUGGAUUAAAAAUGGGGAAAGAGUUUUGCAAGGCUGGUGGCUUUCCAAAGCUUGAAUAUCUCACAAUGGCUUCUGAAUUUCUAGAGGAAUGGACAGAACUUGAAGAGGGAGCACUGCCUAGCUGA